AGCAAUCAUAUGAUCGUCGCUCGGUCAGUCUGGUGAACGCUGGUGCUUCAUAGGCGUUGACUUCUUUCGUCGAGUUUGUACUCCAGUUUUAACGGUUUCGCGUAUAUCCAGCGAGGAGUUUUCGUGGUCAUCUGCCGUAGGGAAAGUACAACAUCACCAUGGCUCUCAGCGAUGCAGACGUGCAGAAGCAGAUCAAGCAUAUGAUGGCCUUCAUUGAGCAAGAAGCCAAUGAAAAGGCGGAGGAAAUUGAUGCGAAAGCAGAGGAAGAAUUUAACAUCGAAAAGGGACGUUUGGUUCAGCAACAACGUCUUAAAAUCAUGGAAUAUUAUGAAAAGAAAGAGAAGCAGGUUGAGCUGCAGAAGAAAAUUCAAUCUUCAAACAUGCUCAACCAGGCACGUUUGAAAGUGCUGAAGGUUCGUGAAGACCAUGUCCGCAAUGUGCUAGAUGAAGCUAGAAAGAGACUGGGUGAAGUAACCCGUGACCCAUCCCGUUAUGCUCAGGUUCUAAAAUCCCUAAUUAUACAAGCACUCUACCAGCUGAUGGAAGCCAACGUACUGAUUCGCGUUCGUCAAGUUGAUCUGGGUAUUGCCGAUUCAGUUAUAACUUCAGUUCAGCAAACCUAUAAGGAAAUCUCUGGCAAGGAGGUCUCUGUGAAAAUUGACCAGGACAAUUUCUUGCCUGCUGAUAGCUGUGGUGGUGUUGAACUGCUUGCAGCCAGGGGACGUAUUAAGAUCUGCAACACCCUGGAGUCAAGGUUAGAAUUGAUUGCACAGCAGCUGGUGCCAGAGAUCCGUUCGGCUCUGUUCGGUCGCAACCCGAACCGCAAAUUUACCGACUAGACGAACAACGUUCGAACCCGCACUAAUGUCUACAAAAAACAUUCCCUUCUCUAUUUCUUCUUCUUGUUGCUCGCAACUGAUAAUUACGAUUACAUUGUUCAAGUGUACAGUAUAUGAUAACCGUCAAACAGAAAACAAGAAACUAAAAUAUAGCAAAAAAUUCUACAUUAUUGUGACAAUGUCUGAGAAUCUAGCACGGUAUCUUCUCUUUCUUAGUUUGUCUUCGCUUGUACAAAUCAACAAAAAAAAUACGCACGCUACUGUAUCAACAAAUUAUACGACAAAAUACAAUAUUAAUUUCUGAUCCGUGCGAACGGAUUAACAUAGACGACCGUGAUAAUUAGACUAGACAAUUAUCCCAUUAAAAUUAUGCAAAACUCGUUAAAGUUUUUCUCCUUUCAUUCUUUAAGUUUUUCUGAUACUACCGAAAUCCAUUUAAAAAAAAAAAACUGCCAAAGUCCUGCGUGACUAAGACACGUAUAACUGAACAGUAUUUUAUAAUCGUUACCGCCAUGUAAAUCGGGUAAUGAAUUGUAAAUCGGUAUUAGUGAAAUAUAUACCUGUUCACAGAAUCAUCGAGAAAAAGAGUAAAGUACUAACAAAAAUAAUAAUCCCGUAUAUUUCCGCAGCAUCUAUGUUCAUCCGCUCGUGCGAAUCAUUGACUUUGAAAAGCAAUGUGCAAUAAAAAAAGUGGAAUUGGGCCAAGCGACAGUUCACUGCGCGUGCGCACGGGCCCUUUCUUCUUGAAGAACAAAACGAGAUAAAUUGAAUAUAAAUUAAAUAACUUUAAAAAAAGUUAUAAAAAUAUAAUAGAUAUAUUUCGCGUGUCGCCGUGCAAUUCCAAGGCGUUAUUCGUUAUUAAUAUGACGAAACGCUGUAUACAUAUAUGUAUAUGUGUAUAUAUGUCACGCACAUAAAUAUAUAAGAACGUUGUAGUAUUACUAUCCCGGUUAUAUUAUCGUAUCGCAAAUCUAAUGUUAUUUCCUCCUUUCCAUUUUCACUCAAAUCAUACACUGUCAUCUUUGACAUACUUUUCUGUCAGCGGACAAGCAAUUAGAAACCGUCGUCACGAGUAUGACGUAUGCUUUCCUUUUUUCUUUUGUCAAACAUAAUGUUUUAGUUUCAUUGUCAUUGUGGUAUUUGGGUUUAUAAAUAGCCAGGCGUGUGUACACGUACAUUUAUCACGUAUUGCGGAGGUCGCCUGACCUAUACAGCAUAUUAAUAAUUAACGUUAUAUACUUUGCCAUCACUGUAAAAAGAAAAGAAAAAGUAAUGAGGUCGUAAUUAGACCCCAUUUUAGGAUUUCAGAUUACAAAGAUAUAUAUAUAUAUAUAUAUACCUAUACUGUUUAGCGUUUACUGUAAAUAUGUAUGCAAUUUGGUGUAUAAUAAGCUGAAAUAGUAUCCUAAAUAUACGUAGAAAGAAUGUCAAAGGCA